UUAUUCUCGCAGCAAUCAAGCCAAUUGAAACUAACCCCGUGUCCUCUUAUCAGUAGAAGGUAGCUACAUCGUACCCAGUAACCGUUUUCUGCUUUGUUUUAAAAUAUCUAGCGACCAUGGCAUCUCGCCAAGUUCGUGCUGGCGGCGAUGCCCCAAUUGCGAUUGAUUUGGAUUCUGACGAAGAUGAAAGGAUGCCGGUCGUAGCGGCCAGUACUACGGCUACGAGAAGCCGUCGAGGGGGCGACCCACCCAGCGAUCCCCCCGAAGUAGGUGGUAGAGCUACUACCAGUAGUAGAGCUAUUAAUACGGAGUACCAUGAUCAGUUUGCUUAUGAACAAGAAGAGACUUCAGUUUUGCAAAUUCCCCCGCAGCCCAAUGGCGGGGAUUUGUGGGAUGCCAACAUGAUUGCCUACAAGACCAGUGGAAUGGGGGAAGAUCCAGAAGAAAUGGGGGCGCCCCCAGUUAGUCCCGCACCUGCUACGUUUUCCCAAGUGGGGGUAGUGGAACCAAUGGGGGGUGUCGUCUCCCCGGGUCGUAUCAAUAGUACCCCUGGCAGAGCUAGUCUCAAGUCGCCCCCGCCAAUGGCCACUGCUGUAGCUUCCACCACAAACGCCAGUGCGAAUGCGGAUGCUGCAAGAGCUAGUGCCCGCAGCAGACCCGACCCUGACGACAAUCACGUACCCAUUCCCGCGGCGGCCAAGAAACGACGAUCCAAAAUGGAAGAACACGCUGCCGGAAUGGCCAUGGCCACAGCGGCGGCAACACCAACACCAACACCAGUUGCCGCCGCGAACAUGAACCCCCCGCCACCCGCAACUGUCAGUCCACCCAGCAGUCCCAGGGCAUCCCGUGUCCCGGUUGCCUCCAGGCAAAGUGUUCCCAAUGGGAAAAACCAAGCCGACUUUGUAAGGGGAGAACAAUUGGGCGCCAUUCCACAGAACACUCCUGCGCCUUUUCGAGUGCCGCAACCACAACCACAACCACGACAACAACCUCAAACCAGUAGUUACAGCAACCUGAAUCCUUCAACUAGUAGAAGUGGGGCUGCCAUGACCUCAGGAGGAGGAGGACCAGGAGAUGACAUGUCGUCCAAGGCACCGGAUGACGCCUCGUCCAAGCAACCAGACGAUGCGUCUUCCAAACCACCCGAUAACUCCAGAGAUUUCUUGGCCGUCGCUACAUUGGUCAAAGAACCACAGGAGACCAGCACGGAAGGACAACACCAAGACACGCGCGAUAGUGGCAACAGCAACAGUGAUAACGGCAUGAUGAUGAAUCGACAAUUCAUGUUGCUCACGGGACUCAUGUGUUGCUUCUUUGCCGUCGUCGUUGUCGUGGUUGUUGUGGCUCUUGUCAUGGUGGGGUCGCCAGGACCGACACCUGUACCACCGACACAACCACCGGCUCCAACACAAACCGAAAUGCCCAUGAUUCCACCAAGCGAACCGCCCGUGACCGCCGACACGGACUUACCAACCACCCAGAUGCCAUCUGUCACUCCAACACUGGCUCCCACAAGCAGUCCGCCAACGCAAGCCCCUACUUCUGCCGAGCCCUCGUUGUCGCCCACGGCUGAUCCGUCCAGGAUCCCUACCAGUGCUCCUUCAGUGGCACCAUCGACUCUCCCUUCCAAUGCACUCACCACUAUGAACCCCACCCCGGAGCCCAGUAUCGGUACAGCCGCACCCACCACGGCUCCACCAACCACACCGGCUCCCGUUCUGGUCAUCACUCCACAACCCACCCCGCAGCCCAUUGUUACAACUGUCGCUGCCACAACCUUGACACCCACCCAAAACUUGUUCCCCGACAAUUUGCCACCCGACACACAGAGCAGAUUGCAAGAUCCAGCAUCGCCACAAUCGCGGGCUUUGGAUUUCGUAGUUGCCUAUCCGGGAUACAGAAACAUGCCCGAAUGGCGAAAGCAGCAAUUGUUUGCAUUGGUUUCAUUCUAUUUUUCCUUUGAUGGAGAAAGGUGGAGGUUUGGGUCGGAAGAGAACUGGCUCAGUUCCGCAUCGGAAUGUACUUGGGGAGAACAAGGCUCCAGGGCCACACAAUGCAAUGAGCUGGGUCAAGUCACCUACAUGGCCUUAGCGUACCAGGAUGAAACGAUUUUUGGAACGACUCCUCCAGAGAUGCAGCUCUUGUCCUCACUGGAAGGAUUCGAAAUGCUCGGCAAUCAUUGGUACGCUGAUGUCACACAAAUAUUGCCUUCUGAAAUGGCCCAAAUCAGCAGCUUGGUGGACGUACGUCUCAUGUCCAGCGACAUCACUGGUUCUCUGCCGUCUAGUCUCGGGGAGUUUCAGUACUUGACCAAUCUCAAUUUGCGGACCAAUUUGUUCUCGGGAACAAUUCCUUCAGAGCUUGGUCUCCUUACGAACCUGAAGUUCCUUUCCAUGUACGGGAAUUAUCUGACUGGCACAAUACCAACAGAGCUCGCCUUGAUUUCUUCCUUGGAAUUCCUCUCCUUAUACGCCAACAAUCUCGAGGGAACCCUGCCGACAGCACUAUGCAUGCUGCCGCUACUGGGAUCCAUUAGGAUAGACUGCAACUUCAAGGUGGUUUGUCCCCCGGAAUGCAACAAUUGUGUUUGCGAAGAUGAGCAGGGAGAGACAUUGCGACCAAGGCCCGCGGGUGGCGCUGUUUCCGCAACCGCUGCACCUGCCCCAGUCACAACAAUUGCACCAGCACCAGCCACACCAGCACCAUCACCCACAGACCCCUUCAUUGAUGAGGACAGCUUUGAUCCAUCGGUGGAUGACCCAGAAUGGCCUGGCCUAUACCCGACUCCAGCCAACGCUGUCAACACUGUGACCAUCAACGUUCGCACUGACAGGUUCCCGCAAGAAAUGUCAUGGGAAUGGAGCAAGAUGACAGCCAGUCCGGACACAUAUGCGGUGGUUGACUCGGGCGGUAAUCUGCUGCUGGAAGAGACUGUUUACUCCAUCGAACAGGCAGUUGAUAGUGAUUCCGUGUAUCGUUUGACUAUAAGCGAUAGUUUAUCGGAUGGGACCUGCUGUUUGUAUGGGUUGGGGUGGUUCACCAUCACCAACGCCACCACGUCUGCACAAAAUGCAGAUGGCACGGUUGUUUGGUCCGCCAUUGGAGACUUUGACGGCGAGUUGCUUGCUCAUAUCUAUGUUGACCCACAAGGACGUGCCAGCUUGUUGGAAUACCAGUUGGUCAUCCCGAGCCUCGGUGGGGCAUCCUCUCCCGGAACAGCGAAUCCAUCAGAACUGACACCAUUCCCGACUUCAAGCCCUGCUUCAGGCUUCAUCCUCGGUCUCCCGGCUUUCAGCGUUGCAGCCAUCGAGAGUAACCCCGCAUCUCCACAGUCUCUUGCGUACCAAUGGCUGGAACAACAUCCGGAUUUGUCAACCAUGCCGGAAUACCGGAAAAAGCAGCUUUUUGCAAUGGCUACGUUCUACUAUUCCUUUAAUGGUGGAGCCUGGACGCUAUUUGAAAGAGAAAAUUGGUUGAGCUACAGCGUCAAUGAAUGCCGGUGGGGUGACACUGGGAUUCAAGAUGCAGUCACUUGCGACAGCAGCGGAAGCCUGACGGAGCUUGCUAUUGAAUUUUCGGCUGGCUUCAACGGCGCGGCAACGCCUCCAGAGAUGGCUCUGCUGACCUCACUGGAAUCGUUGAGGUUGGAGGACUUGGAGGACCUGAUGGCUGAUUUUUCGGAUCUAGUGCCCACACAGCUUGCCCAUUUGCCUUUGCACACGCUCUUCAUCUAUGAGACGGCAGUGUUUGGUUCAAUUCCGACCAAACUUGCCCUCCUCACGUCGUUGAGCAAUUUGAAUUUGAGGGGGAAUGAUUUGACGGGCCCCCUACCCACUGAAUUGGGCCUACUCACGAACCUACAGUUUGUUACCUUAUACGACAACGCUGCCAUCACUGGAACUGUUCCGAGUGAACUAGGUCGGCUCACGGCGCUGCAGUCCGUUUUGAUUGACAGAACCCAAAUCGGAGGCUCCAUUCCAGAAGAAGUUUGCUCGUUGCCGAACCUGCAAACCAUCCGUGUCGAUUGUACCCAAGUUGUGGACUGUCCUUCGUAUUGUGCUCCCUGCUCGUGCUAUGAGCAAACGUGACGAGCUCAAUGACUCGCUCUCAUACACGUAGACUUCAUGGUGAUAGUAAAACUCUGACUCUUAUUAAUACUGGUAUGGGAGCCUACAU